UGACACAUGAGCAUUACAACAUUCCAGAAGAUGAGUAAUUCAAGUAUUUACUUCAAGAAACUAAAUGCUAAAGUUGGGGAGCCUCCAAGAAAAAGAAAAUGUAAAUCAGUUCCUCACCUGCUACCAGUUGUCUUACCUUCAUCUCCACCAUCUAUCAAAACCCGAUUGGGAAACGAAUUUUUCCACCAAGAAAGCUCUCUCCUGGCAAAUGCCUUACUGGGUAAAGUCCUUGUGAGGCAGAUAAACGAUGAGGAGCAUAUCUGUGGUAGAAUAGUAGAAACUGAAGCAUAUUUGGGCAUGGUGGAUAAAGCUGCUCAUUCAAGUUAUAAACGUUCGGUGCGUACCGAGCCGAUGUUUAUGAAGCCUGGGACUGUAUACGUCUUUUCUAUCUAUGGAAUGUAUCACUGUUUCAACAUCUCGAGCGGAGGCGAUGGGACAGCCGUUCUUUUACGUGCCAUAGAACCCCUUUCUGGAUUAGAACGAAUGCAACAGAUCCGCUCCAAGUCUCAAAAGAAGUCGUGCCAUCGUCUACCGACACACCAAUUAUGCAACGGCCCUUCUAAAUUGUGCCUUUCGUUCGGUAUCACAAAGGAAUUGAAUAAGGUGGACCUAGCGGAUCCCUCGUCUAUAAUCUGGAUAGAAGACUAAGAAACGUUUUCGAGGGAAACGUGGUACAAAUUUAAUAAACCGAUGGCGGUUACGAUGAUUGUUAAAUUUGAAUGGUGUUCUACGGCCGUAGAACACCAUCAGGAUAGACGGCCAUAUUGAAGGGCGAGAACUCUGUCGAGGCAGUUGCAUCUUCA